UUGUGGUUGACGUGUGUCUUGUUUCUGCAGUCAACAAAUCUGGUGUUUGUGUAAAACAGUUUUCACAUUAACCAACUAAUGUAAAUAUACAUUAAAAAUAGUAUCCUACACUACAGUCAUGGCUGCGGACUGGGAAGAAAUCAGGCGUCUGGCUGCAGAUUUUCAAAGAGCACAGUUUACAGACACUGUGCAGCGCUUAUCAGAACGAAACUGCAUAGAAAUAGUUGCAAAGCUUAUUGCAGAGAAGCAGAUAGAGGUGGUGCACACUCUGGAUGGCAAGGAGUAUAUCACUCCAUCACAGAUCAGCAGGGAGAUUCGUGAUGAGCUUUAUGUACAUGGAGGUCGGGUGAAUAUUGUGGAUCUACAGCAGAUUACAAAUGUGGAUCUAGUUCAUGUUGAAAGCAGAGCCAGUGACAUAGCCAAGUCGGACAAAAGUAUCCAGCUAGUACUUGGGCAGCUAAUUGAUGAUAUUGCAGUAGUUAAGUGCUUGUGCCUACUAAUUAGAAACUACCUGGACCAGCUAGCGGAAGAGGUGAAUGACAGACUGCAGGAAGCAGGCCAGGUGACUAUUGCAGAGCUCUGCAAGUCUUAUGACCUCCCUGGAGAUUUCUUGACAGAGGCACUGUCUCAGCGUCUUGGCAGAAUCAUCCAUGGCCAAAUGGAUCAGUAUGACAGAGGGGUAAUCUUCACUCAGGCAUUUGUCUCUCGUCACAGAGCCCGGAUACGUGGGCUUUUCAGUGCAAUUACAAGACCGACCCCAGUGAGUAAUUUGAUUACACAGUAUGGAUUUCAGGAACACCUAUUAUACUCGGUUCUGGAAGACUUUGUUAACAGUGGACGUCUUAAGGGAUCUGUAACUGGGGGCAGACAGGACAAAGCUGUCUACAUCCCAGACAUCUACUCAAAGACACAAAACAACUGGAUUGAUGCUUUCUUAAAGCAGAACGGUUAUUUAGAAUUUGAUGCACUGACUAGGUUAGGAAUUCCUGACCCCACAAGUUACAUAAAGAAAAGGUACAAAUCAAGCAAACUAUUAUUUCUGAGGGCUGCUUGUGUUGGCCAGAGCAUUGUGGAUCAAGUGGAGGCUUCUGUGGAGGAAGCAGUGAAUUCAGGAACAUGGACCGAUGUGCAGUCUAUGUUGCCCAGCUGUCUUUCCUUGGAGGAUACAGGAAUUUUGCUCAAUCAAGUUAUGAGAACAUCAAACAUACAGUGUUCUGCCCGGAUCUUCAGUGACACCAUUGUCGUCAGCGAGAAGUUCAUUAGCAGCUGUACUUCCCUUUUUGACCCGUUAAUGCGUGAAAAGGCAGAAAAGGAACUAAAGAACAAUUCAGUGUUUUUGAUCUCUGAAGAUGACCUUAAGCAGGCCUCUUUUGUAGUAGAAAAUGCUGCGUUUUCUAAAAAGGAUAAGAGGGACGAAAGAAAGAAGAAGGUAUCAGAGGGUAGUGGAAGUGUAAAAGGUGGUGGUGGGGGGGGGAAUGCCAGAGAGAUUCGAAUCAGGAAAACCAAAAAGAAGGGAAGAAAGGAUGAUGACAGCGAUGAUGAGACAACUACCACCACUCAAAAUCGCAGUAAACAACAGGAAGUACCAUUUAUGACUCAAGGAGACAUUGAAGAAGUGUUACAGAAGCAUGUCCAAGACUGCCCUGAGGAGAUGCUAUCUGAACUCGCAGAGCACUUGAUUAGGCCGCUGACUAAAAUGUACCAGGAGGUGGUUCGGUCGGUCUUCAUGUCCUCCGCCAGCUCCAGUACUGGAACUAGCAGGAAACAGACUGUGAAAGACCUACAGGAGGAGAUUACCAACCUCUUCAACAACAUCAGGCUCUUCGAGAAAGGAACAAAACUCUUCUCAGAUGAAACACAAGCUAACAUUGCAAAGCAUGCGCUGAAGACUGUGUGCACAGAUAUAACCAACCUGCUCUUCAAUUUCCUGGCUGCAGAGUUAAUGAUGGCUGUAGAAAACUACAAUUCCAUAACAAAUGAGGUCAGAAUAAAAAUUUUAGGAAAAUUACCAGAGGAAACUAAAGGCCCUCUAACUAAGCUUCAUAAUUCUCUCACUACAAAAAGCUUAGAAGAUUUUCUAACCAAUUUGGAUUCUGUAGCAGAGGUUUGUGGAAUUAUGCUAAAGAAAGGAGACAAAAAGAGAGAAAGACAAGCUCUCAUUCAGCAUCGACAGGCUUUAAUCGAACAGUUAAAGGUGGCUGAGGAUCCUGCCCUGGUUCUGCAUCUGACCAGCGUUCUCUUGUUCCAGUUCUCUACGAAUUGCAUGCUUCAUGCACCAGGGCGAUGUGUGCCUCAAAUCAUUGCAAUCCUGAGUACCAGGAUCCCAGAGGAUCAGCACAAACUUCUGUCGAAGUGUCAAGGUCUGGUUGUGAAGCAGCUCGUGGGCCAGAACCGGAAGGUCAGCCAGGUGGGGGAGGACUCUGAGGAGAAGCAGGCUGAGGAAGAUGCAUCAGAUGCAGUUCGGAAAGAGCUGCUCUCACUGACCUCGGAGGUAAAGCACCUUGUCCUGAGACCAAGGAAAACAUCGUUAACUGAGGAGUGAACUGGUUCCAUAUUUCAAAUGCAAAUUAAUUAAUUAAAAUAUUAUGCACUGGCUCAGUUGACAUUCUCUGUGCAGUUUGGGGAGCUAUUAACAUGAUUACCAACAAACUGCAUGCACAACCUUGAUUAUCUCCUGCUACAUGGAUUAACUUGCCCUCUCUCUGGUAUCUACUCUACUGUAUGUUGCAUAUUUAAAAGGUUCACAAUUUGGUAUCAUUUUACAGUAAACACCCCCAGGUCUGCUGGUAUAAUAAUGUCAGUAUCAUGUGUGUGUUUCUGGCAUAUACCAGUAGCAUAAAUUGUAAAAUAUUAUAAAGCUUUACUUAUGAUCAAAUCUAUAAUUUUUGAAAAAGAUUGUGUUCUGUUUAAAUUAAUUUAAAAAAAAAAUGGACUAUCCAGACUUUAAGGUUGUUUUUCUUAACCUAUAUCGUCACUAACUUUGUUUUCAAAAAUCUUCUGUAACCUAGUAAUACAUAAAAUCUAUUCUGAGCUUCAGAUUUUCAAAAUGUAUUUUUUGUUUUUGUUUUAAUUAAAUGUUUGACAGCAAUUGUGUGUUUUUGCUUUUCAUCAAAGACAUUUGAAAUCCAGUAAUUCUUUUAUCAAAGCAUACUGUAGCACAAUGUUUCUCAAAUGUGGCCAUCAGUGGGAUUCUGUACGGCCAUAGCAAACCCCAAGCUGUCUGGCUUUCAUUCUAGAGCAGUUCAUGCUGCUUGCAUUCCGAUUCCUCAUAAUUACUUCUGUUAAUGUUAGCUUCUAUUGGCCAGCAUUAAUGUAAAUAUUGGCCGAGGAUUAAUUCUGAUCAGAUUUAAUGUUGGCAUGCUUCACAAAUCUCUGCUUGUUUCGUAUUGUAUCAGUGCUGAUUGGUUGAUUAACAAGAGAAGACUUUAGUAGUGCAACAUGAAAAUAGAGGUAUGGAGUAAUAUUUGCAUUAGUGCGGAGAAACUCUGAAUAUUCAAAAGAACAUUGCUGCAUAUGGUAAUGCAAGAAUAUUGACAUAUAAAUUGAAAAAUAUCACAGGAUUUAGGUCCUUCUGCAUCAUUAUGUAAUGACAUUGACCCUAUAGCUCUUAAUUCACAUUCCCUGUGAAUUAUUACAAGUCUAAACAGCUGUGUUCAUUUUAUUUUUUUCUAACAACUCCCUUUUUACAUCUGGUCCAGAAUAGCUGUGGGUGAAUGAAAGACUAUCCAAAUAGAGGUAGUUUGUCUUAGGAUAAACUAUAUCUUAAGAGAUAGGAGCUUGCUAUACAAACUCCAAUAUAAAUUAAUCUCUCAUUGUAACCAGGAGCUAAUAGGGAACGGAUACAGUUCCAGCACAGACUGAAACCUAUUGGGCAUCUUCUUUAUUUACACAAAUAGGAUCCCAUAAGCUGAGGAAUUUCUUGUUUUUGAUUUAAUGAGUGUUAAAUGGAAAUUAGAUUGGGAAGACCUUACAGGGCUGCUUUAUUUAGAUCCCUAACCUAACCAUUGAUGGGCCAAAAUGAUAAAUUACCAUAAAUUGAGCAAAAUUGCACACAUGUGGACCUACAUUGUGUAUUUGAUACAUAGACAAAAAUAAGAAUGUGUCAAUAGGCACAUUCAUUUCUGCAGAUACUGUUUGUUUCAUUAAAGGUAAAACAAUAUUCUUUACUAAAUGUGUCAUUUUUCAUCAUCCCUUGUAGCAUAAUUCCCAUUUUAUAGACUGUUGUCUUUUUUUGAAAAUCAAUGAAAAGAUGGUGCAGAUAUAAAGAGGCUUGCAAUAAUAUUUAUUUUCCAUUAGCCAUUCAAACCAUAUCUGCGAUCCCAUAAGGCCUUGCAUUCCUGUCUUUCUCCCCUGUCCAACUAUCUCCAAACCAUCUGAGCCAGACAUGUACACGUUGACUCAAGGGGGCUAUCUGGUACUUUGUUUCACACUGGCUGUGAAUAUUUUCCAUGAAAUAAUAGAGAGAAGUUAUUUACUUGCACUUGACUAAAGGGAAUUAAAAAGUACUGGUCACUGACCCAGUCAAAACUAUCCCCAUGAUGUGAAUAUCUGCUUAUUCUGUGUUGUUUUAUGGGCUUGUAGCUCUGGAUCUAAUUGUCAUUUUCAUGUAAAAACCAAGGUAUGUUUUUUGUUCUGUUUUUCUGUUUGGUGUAUUAUUAAGCUUGGUCAGUUUCAAGUAUGGAUUGUAAGUGUAUUUAAUAGUGCUAGGUAAGAUUGCAUUGUAUGGUAUUUACUUGCUUUACUAAAGGAAAAUAUGUAAAGAUAGCAGAAAAUGUGAUGAUCCUUUAUGCACAGAUACAUAUUUUAUCUGUGUUAACAUGUAGAAAAGACAUUUAAGGAUAAAAUUAAUAUUUUUUUUUCUCAAAGGAAUAAAACCAUUUGUGUCAAAACAUAGUUUUAUUAAAGAUGGUGAUGGUAGCACAAUGCUUCACUAGAUACAUGUUUUUAAAUGAUCACAAUGACAAAAGGCAUGUAUCUUGUUUUCAUCAUACUGUAUAUAAUGAUGCAAGUUUUACAGUUACUAAAAAAAAAAAAAAAGUUUAACAUACUUCGGGAUUGUAGUUCACUCUGAA